AUGAAUCGAAACGCAAGAGGAACUGGCUUUGGGGGUCCUAGCAAAGCAACACCAUCUACUCUAUGCCAAAAAUGUUUAAAAAAAGGCCACUACAGCUAUGAAUGCAAGGCAGUUGCGCAAGAGAGGCCAUACGUAUCUCGUCCUUCCAGGACUCAGCAAUUUUUCGAUCCGAAACUCGUUCCCCAAUUGACUAGUGCUGUUCCCCAAGAGCUGACCCGAAAAAAGGGCAUAGCAGACGAACAACUCGCAAAUUUAAAGGAAAGAGGAAGAAGAAGGUCUCCUCAAAGUGAUGAAGACGUAGCAGCCAAAAAAAUUAGACGGCGUGAUGAUUCAAUAUCUUCUGCUUCAAUUUCUACUAUAUCAACCUGCUCAUCCCGAUCUCAAUCUCCUCCGCCUCGUCACAAAGCUAACUCGUCUCGUAAAAUGACCAACAAAUUAUCUUCAAAACAGGAACACAUGUCACAAUCUAAGGGUAAUUUAAGUCGGACGACAGAAUUAUCAUUUGAUCAAGUAGAUCAAGAAAGGAAAAGACGCCAGGAACUUCAUUCUAGCGACAACCCAGCUUCCUCACCAAAGAAUAGAUUCUCUAUGCAGACAGAAGCGCAACACAAUAAAGAUGCUGUUAAUCCGUCAGCAAAAGGCAGGAGAGACGAAAUCGAAAGACCAGUUGAAAAGCCAGGAUAUGGCCUAAUAGACAACCAAGGACGAGAAGAAGACAAUGUACGGGAACGUAAUGGUCAGAAAAAGGAUCCGCACAACUCCAGAGAAUUGAGUCUGAGCCCUUUCAGCAAACGUUUAGCUUUAACACAAGCCAUGAACGCAGAACGACAAAAUCGCAGUUCUUGA